AUGCCACGACUCCCGCCAUGGCUCAGCAGGCAAGCCAGAUGUCACUCCCCCAAUCUUGCGGCUCUGAUCCCUGCUUGUCGGGAUUUGCAAUGUUCCAAAAAUGAGCUUCGAUGGUUGACCGACUUUGUCGAAAGGACAGUGUUUGAAGGCUGCAACAAAGCCCGCCGCUUGAGGGACUUGUGCCAGAAGCGAGGCCGAGGCGUUCCUCUACAGUACAUUUUGGGAAGCCAGCCCUUUGGCCAUCUCGAGAUUCUGUGCAAACCGGGUGUUCUCAUACCACGACCAGAGACGGAGGCGUACACACACUACCUUGCGGAUCUCAUCACAUCAGGCCAAGGGUUGGGUGGCGAUCCUUGCACCCAGGACCUCAGAAUCGCUGAUUUCUGUACAGGAACUGGCUGCAUCUCUUUGCUCUUGUACUCGUUGCUUCGGCAAAGUUUCCGCCACCUGCAUGUUGAGGGUGUUGACGUUUCCCUUGAAGCAGUAGACCUGGCUCGGCGUAACAUCACCCAUAACCAAACAUUGGGGAACAUGGGCAAGUCUGAGCCAGGAAACGAAGUCAGUUUCUCGAGGAAAGACAUCUUCAAUGAUCAAGACAUUGCCGCCAUGGAGGAUAAGGGCUGUGAUGUAUUGAUAUCGAACCCUCCCUACAUCUCGCCAAAGGUUUGGGACUAUGGCCACGGACAGCUUGGGUACUCGGUCCGCAAAUAUGAACCGCGCUUGGCUCUGGUUCCAAGCCAGCAAAUACCCACGCCUUCAGGGUGGCAGCAUCAAGACGUAUUCUACGCAAGGCUACUGGACAUAGCCUUGCGACUAAGGCCCAAGAUUGCGCUCUUCGAACUGGGUGAUGAGAUGCAGGCUCGUCGUAUACUUUCCGGACUUUUCCAGCAUGAGAUUUCAGCAGUUUCAAAGGCUGAAAACCUGUUGGCUUGA